UACAUCCAUUGGACUUUUCGUUGUAUUUUGUGGAUUUGUAGUCAAUAUUACAUACAGCCCUUGAAAGCAGCUCGACUAAUCUGCACUAAUCUGGGCAGAAACGUCACUAAUGGAGCACUGACAUCUAGAUUUGCAGUUUAAAUGAAAUACAUGCACUGCUGUCAUCAUCGGAGACAAAAUGUCUAUAACAACUUGCCAAAAGGUUACUCUUAUAUCAUGUUCUGUUCUCUGUGUUUCUCUAUUCCUGCCCAGAAUGCUUUUACCCAGAGGGGAAAAGGAGAGAGGGCAGCCUGAGGGUAAGGCGGCUUAUCAGAUCGUCAACAAUCCACCCUUCCAUCCAUCCAUCCAUCCAUCCAUUGCCAGCUCUCUCCGUCUCUGUGGGCCUGGAUUCUACCCUCCUAUGAUGCAUCAGUUGACAUUUCCAGAGGGCCCAGAGCAGUGGGAGGUAGAAAAGUCUUACUCCAUGACUCAUAGUGCUGAAGCCAUGGCCAAAUUGCAAAGUACAAGACGAGGCAAAAAAUAUAACCUGAUGGCUCAAGUAAUCCCCAUAUACGGUUUUGGAAUCCUCCUUUACAUCCUCUACAUCAUGUAUAAGCUGACAUGUAAAGAGAAGACCACCAAACCAAGAUCUCAUUCCAGUUUAACUAAAGCAACCACAGACACCAAGACCACCACUGAAUGUGAGCUCGCCAGGCUUCAGGAGGAGCUGUUGAAAACACAAAGGCUGGUGGACAGAAUGGUCUCUGGAAAAGGCCAUCAUUCUGGCAGCAGCAGAAGGAGUAAGAAUAAAACUCGAUCAUCAAAGAAAGAAGAGAAAUUACUCAAACAGCUCCGACAGAUUACACUGCUGAUGCAAGAGAGUCGGCUGGAGGGGGCAUCACCAGAGAUGGAGGCUGAGGAGGUGCCCUAUGGGGUAGACUGGGAAGGCUACCCGGAGGAGACCUACCCAGAACAUUAUGAGCCUUUUGGCAGACAUGAUGCUUGCACUGUCAUGCUGGAGGAGGCCAGUAACCUGUUGACUGCUGAGGCUCUGGCAGAAAGGAUGGAGCAGGAAGAGGAAGAAGUUGUGGCACGGAAACUGGACACUGUGCAAGAGGAAGAUGAAGAUGAAGAACAAGAGGAGGAGGAGGACGAGGAGGAGGAGGAGGCAGAAGAGGGUGAUGAAGAGGAAGACACAAAUGAGGAAGAGGAGAUACAGGAGCUGCUUGCACCUUCGUCUCAUGCAGAGCGAACACAGGAGUGGGUUGGUUUGGAGGUGAGCAGAGAGCUGCAGGCUCAAAGUGGAGGGAAGAAACAGAUCACCUUCAGUGAACACAAAUAUAUUUACCACUACCCUAAAGAGGAGACCUUAGAAGAGGAGGAAUGGAUAGAGAAGCAGGAGGAGGAGGAAGAUGAUGAGGAGGAAAAUGAUGAUGAGGAGGAGGUUGAAGAACAGGAGGAAGAUGAUGACGAUGAUCCAGUGAUGGAGGCAGAGAGGCUAAAAUUCAACGCUGAGAUUUGUUUUAACCCAGAGGCUGAAGCAGAGGACGAGUGUGUGUUCCCAUCCCUGCCUGCAGAGGGCCCCCUUCAUUCAGACAUCAGUAAGCAGGUGGAGGUAAGCGGCCUGAGGAUGAGGAACAGGAGGGAGACCUGAAGGAGUUUUUAGCCAAAAAUGAUCUUUUCAGCAUCAUAGUCAUCUCAGUA